CUGGUUCCAGGGGCCCAAGGGCAGCUUUACCAGAGCCAAGGGUAAAACAAUGGCAUUGUUCUGGAUCAGUCUAGAACUCCCCACACGAAGGUCUAGAAUCCUCAGCAUUCUUAGUCUUAUCAGAGCCAAGGUGUCCAGCUCCCGCCCAUCCUCCAGCAGGCCUCAUGUGGGUUCUGGCACUAGCUGGGGUUUUCCUGGUUGUUGCCAAGGCUUGUAUCUUUUGUCGCCUCCCAACCCACGCCUUGCCUGGCCGCCUGGCUCAGCUCAGUAGCCAGAUGGAGAUGCAGUGGAAGGAAUGGGCUUCCCCAGACUUCUCAGCCUUUGCCUUAGAUGAGGUGACCAUGAACAAGAUCACAGAGAAGACUCACAGAGUCCUGAGGGUCAUGGAGAUAAAAAGGUCCUUCUCCUCGCUUCCUUCGUAUUGGCAAUGGCUUCAGAAGACCAAGAUCCCCCAGUACACCAGGGAAGCUCUCUGUGCUCCCGCUUGUUGGGGCAGCACCAUCCUGUACAACUGCUCUACCUGUGAGGGCCAGGAGGCACCUUGUUGGCCCAGGAAGCGCUGCUUCCCAGGAAGUCACGAUCUGUGGGACGCUAGGAUUCUGCUCGUAUGUAUCUUCGGAAUUGUCCUGCUUUUGGGCGCUCUGAGCCUCCAGGUGGAGUACCGCGACCUGCAAGCAAAAGACUUGUGAAGAUGCUGACAGCGUUUCACCUCCGCCUUCUAAGGAGUUUGUGCCCACAAUUUCUACAUUCCCUAGGGUGGGAAAGAGCCACUCUUUAGACCCAGCCCCAAAGCCUCAGUCUUCCAGACCCUAAACUCAGACUUUUGGAACCAAUAUCCGUGUCGGAUGGCUCCAGGAACCCAGGCACACACCCCCCACCCCCACCAGCUGGAAAGUUCCUCCUCUUCUGAAUCGCCCCACCAAUCAGAGAGCAGGGGAUGAUGCCAGGAAAUUAUCUACAGAAGGAAAGAAUCCCUUACCACCACUCCCACAUCCCCUCUGUCCAUUCCCGGAAAGCGGGGGACUGUUGGCCUGUAGAUGUUGCUCUAGGCCCUCCUAUGACUGAUCGUGAAUCCGGGAAUGAGAGUUCUGGAAAACUCUCCCUCUGGGGUGAGACCACAUCAGUCAGCCUGCUGGCAUGCAAUCCCUCCAUUGUGUUAUUAUUGUGCAGCUCUGGCCUCCACGCCUGCUGGGCCCAACUAAAUUUGGUGUGCAAUGCCUUCCAUCCGUUCCUGGCCCUAUCUGCAACUUGGGCAAGCAAGAGAAUGAAGAUUCUUAGGAAUUCUAAUUAGGGGUGCCCCGAAAGAUGUUUAGUAAUGUCUGGAGACAGUUUUGUUUUGAUUGGGGGUUGUGUUACCGGCAUCUAGUGGGUGGAGACUAAGUCUGCUGCUAAACAACCUAGGACACACAGGAAAGUCCUGUCCUAACGUCUAUAGUUUACGGUGGAGAAAACCGGGUGCCGGUGCUCUGUGUUUUAGGGGCUUGGGAUUAGGGUGACAGGAGAUGGAAAAGCAGAGAGGCCUGCCACCAGGCACAAGUCCUAAUAUAAGCACUGAAGCCCAGAUGGGGUCCCAACCUUCACCUAGUUUUCAAACUGAGGGCAAGUGUUUUCAGGUAGCACAUUUGGAGUUACAGUUUCCAAACAACUCAUGUUUCUAUCCCUUCUCCUGAGUGCGAGUGGGGAGGUCUCACACAAAGCCUUGGUUAAUAUGGUCGACAGCCAGGUUAGAACCGCUGCUGUUAGGGCUUUGCCUAUGGACAGAGGGAGAAGCUCUCUAGGAUCUCCACUGUUUUCCUCCUUAUUUUUUGUUGUUGCUGCUGUUGGGUUUUUUUCUUUUUUUUUCAAGACAAUUUCUUUGUGUAAGAGCUCUGGAACUCUAUUUGUAGAUCAGGCAGGCCUUGAACUCACAGAGAUCCACACGCCUCUGCCACCAAAGUGCUGAGAUCAAAGGUGUGCACCACGAUGCCCUGCCCUAAAUUUUGUCUUUAGAUUUUAUUUAUUUGCUUGGUUUGAUUAUUGUGUGUAUGUAAGCUUAUGGACCACACCACAUGUGUGGAGGUAAGAAACAAUUUGUAGGGGUUGAUUUUCUCCUCCUACCAUGAGGGUUCCAGGGACUGAACUCAGAGGAACUUUGUGGCAAGCUCCUUAACCUGCGGAGCCAUCAGUUCGGCCCUUCACUUUUGCUUUUGAGAUGGUCUUGCCAUCUUAGCCUGGCCUCCAUCUUGCUUUGAUGUGGAGGAUGACCUUGAGCCUCUGAGUUUCCUGCGUCUGCCUCCUCAGUGUUGGGGUUACAGGCAUGCUCUGUCACCAUUUGGCCUUCUCUGUUUUACACAUUCUAGACAAUCCUUCCAUUUUGUACAAGAAAAUAUGAGAGCCAGAGGUUGUAUAGGGGCACAAGCUUGUCCGAGAUCAUAGGAAAACUCAUGCAUUGCUUGGACGAGAAGGUGUGCGAAGCCUGUGAUGUGUGUCCUGACCUCUGGGGAGGCACAGUUCUCUGGAGAGCACUUGCCCUGUUGUUUCCUCCUCUGCUCAAACUUCAUUUCUGGGAUCAACAGUUCCCGUUCUUCUGCCUAAUAUUCCUAGAUCUAGAAUAGCACCCAUUAUUCAAGGACCUAAUAUUCCUAGAUCUAGAAUAGCACCCAUUAUUCAAGGACCUCUAACCCGUCUGCCCCCCUUCUCCUGUGGUGGUCUCCAGCCCACCAUGAGCCUUUUAUAAUGGACCUUAGUCUUCCAGAUGCUCCAACUGGUCAUGAAUGCUCGUCUUGAACCCAGGUCAUUCUCAGUGGCCACGUGGCUCCACCCAAAGCUCCUGAUUUCUCCCAGUAUAUGAUGGGGUUGAGUUUUGGAGUUGAGCUGCUUGACUUCAGAUCUUUAGUCUGCUCUUAUUGGGUCUUGACAACUUAUGUAACUUCUCUGUAGCAGUUCCUUAUAUGUUGUUUUUGACACAGUCUUGUUGUGUAACUGGGAUCAGUGGCAGAUGCUCCCAGCCUCAGAAGUCCUAAGCAUUUUGUACACUUUUUUUUUUUUUGGUUUUACGAGUCAGGGUUUCUCUGUAUUGUUUUGGAGCCUGUGGGUCCAGCCUGGCCUCGAACUCACAGAGAUCCGCCUGCCUCUGUCUCCCGAGUGCUGGGAUUAAAGGCGUGCGCCACCACUGCCCGGCCAUUUUGUACACCUUUGACUGCAAUAUUGCUUUAAUGUAAGCACUGUUGUAGUCCAUGAAAUGCAUGGUAUCAAGGACUAGCGAUGGCUCAGCUGGGAAGAGCUCUUGCAGAGGACCCAGGUUCUCUUCUCAGCACCCACAUGGCAGCAACAGCUGUCCAACACUCCAGUUCUAGGGGUCCAGUACCACCUCUGACCUCUUCGGACACUGGUAAUGCAUGUGGUACACACGUACCUAUAUGCUGGCAAAACAUUCAUACGCAUAAAAUGAAAAUAAAAUCUUAAAAAGUAAA